UUUAUCUUUCGCGCGGUUUUUGUUACCCAUGUUUGCUAAGGGUGUGUGUGUGUGUGUAAAGUAUUACGGAAUAAUAACUAAAGUAUCAAUUACAGUGUUUAAAGCUCCCUGUUACUUUUGAAAAUAAUCGGGAAAAAUGUCGGACAAAAUAAACUAUCGUGAAAUGUAUUUCACUUUGAAGAAUGGAGUCAAUAUGCCGGCUAUAGGCUUGGGCACAAGGGGUAUGACAAACUACCAGACGUUAUACUCUACCAUUGAUCAAGCACUUCAUGUUGGAUACAGAUUGUUCGAUACGGCAGCAAUUUACGGCAAUGAAAAGUUAUUGAGGAAUGUUUUACAACUACUGCUGCCAAAGCACGGAUUAUCACGUGGAGAUAUAUUUAUUACAACGAAAUUAGCUCCGAUCACUAACGAUGCUAAGUUCGUACUGCAAGCUUUCGAGCAGUCUCUUGAAAAUCUUGGCACGGAUUACAUCGACUUAUAUUUAUUGCAAUACCCUGCAACGGCUAACUGCGAUCCGAAGAGCCCCAAGAAUGAAAAGAUGAGAGCUGCGACUUGGCUCGCUAUCUCGAAACUAUAUGAUCAAUCAAAAAUCAAAGCCAUUGGAGUGUCUAAUUUCAAUAUUAGACAUUUGAUGCAGUUGACUGAUGUAAUGGCUAUCGGACCGCUGGUUAAUCAGGUAGAGUGGCACCCAUACUACUACAAGCCUGAGAUGCUGAAAUAUUGCGCCGAGAAUAACAUCCGCAUUCAAGCAUAUAGUUCAUUUGGAGGAUUGUCUCAAGGAAAUAAUUCCCUCUUACAAGACCCAGUAGUGAAGGAGGUCGCUAACCGAUAUGAAUCUUCUUCCGCAAAAAUCUUGCUACUGUGGUCUUUGCAAAAAGGAAUCGCCAUCAUCCCGAAAUCGAAUAAUCCGGAUCACAUCCGGGAGAAUAUGGAGAUGAACUUCAGGAUCGACGAAAGUGAUAUGAAGCUGCUUGAUACUCUGGGCGCCAUUAACCGAAAGUAUGCCUGGGACCCCACAAUAAUCGCCUGAAAUGCGAAGAGAUACCCAGAUAUUUUUAUCCAAAUAUCUGGGUUGCUAUUGUCGAUUCGAGACAUAGCGCACUUUCCAAACUGGUUCUUUUUUACAGCGACCUAUUGUAUGGUCGUUGUGCCAAUGUAUUAAUUGGCUUACACUAGUGUCUGUCCCUAAAGCUAGUGAGUAUUUUACCGACCAGUAAGGUCGGUAAAAUUCACUCACUAGCUCUAUCUUUUAUAAAAUGUCUCAGCCACAAAAGUUUGAGAUACCUACUACGAAUUGGACUAACAUAGUAAUGUGUGCUCUUUUAGAUUAACUGUCGUUCCUGAUUCUCUAAUAUUUUUGUACAUAAAUGUCUGUAUAUGUCUGUAUUCCGCCUAUUAAAUUUAGUAACAAUAAGACUUCGA